GGAGGGAAGAGGAGGGGGGGGGGACAUGAAACAUUUCAUAUUCACAUCACACAAGGAACUGACACCUAUAUCAGCCACUGAUAGGGAAGCAGCGAGCGUUGGGAUGUCAGCAGAGGAGCUGCACACCUGGACUGCUGCGGGAAGGUGCGUGAAAUCCUAUCGGAGCUCUUAGAGGUCUAUAAAACAAAAGAGAAAGCAGCGCGCUGGUUGCCCUCCGCCACACUCCUGUGGUCACGGACAAUGUGAAGGCUGCUUUGUUUCCAGAGAGGCAAUGACAAUAACUUCAGACUAUGGGACUGGAUUAUAAAGCAGCCUCAAAGACUUGAAAAGGGAUCAGUCCGUCGCUGUCGAGCUCGCCGAUAACAGGUGCUUGGCGGCAAUACGCCGACUGAACGCAGCUCGCCCACCGUUCUAUCUACAGGUUAAUGGCACAGCUAUGGGAAAGUUACUGGAAGCCACGGAGGAGGGGAAACAGACAGAAGAACACACGUCAGUGGAUGUAAUCAUUUUCCUGUUCUGAGAAAUGCUAGUUACGGCAUGAAAAUGGACCCUAUUUCCCUUCCGAUUGCUUCCGUCCUGGAGCCUGGGACACAGGAGCCCAAUCUGACGUCAUACCGGAAUUUCAGCGAUAAUGCGACACUGGUGGAACCUUCAGCUUCACGGAUGAGCUCUGUCCUUAUCUCGAUUAUUUAUUUGCUGGUUUGUGCCAUUGGGCUCAGUGGUAACACCUUAGUCAUUUACGUUGUCCUCCGUUAUGCCAAGAUGAAGACUGUGACCAACAUCUACAUCUUGAACCUGGCAGUGGCUGAUGUCCUGUUUAUGUUGGGACUGCCUUUCCUUGCAACACAAAAUGCCAUGUCCUACUGGCCCUUUGGUACUUUCCUCUGCAGACUGGUGAUGACCGUGGACGGCAUAAACCAAUUCACCAGCAUCUUUUGCCUAACCGUCAUGAGCAUUGACCGUUACUUGGCCGUGGUUCACCCCAUUAGGUCUACCAAAUGGAGGAGACCACGAGUGGCGAAACUCAUUAGUGUCACUGUUUGGACUGUUUCCUUUUUAGUGGUCCUACCAGUCAUUAUCUUCUCAGAUGUCCAGCAAGAAUUGAACACCUGCAACAUAAACUGGCCAGAACCAGUAAACAUUUGGUCUACUGCAUUUAUUAUCUACACGUCGGUGCUGGGCUUUUUUGGACCUCUGUUGGUGAUUUGCCUUUGCUAUCUUCUAAUCGUCAUUAAGGUGAAGUCUACUGGACUUCGCGUGGGCUCCACCAGGCGUAGAAGAUCAGAGCGCAAAGUAACAAGAAUGGUGGUCAUAAUUGUGGCUGUGUUUGUCUUCUGCUGGCUUCCGUUCUACAUCCUCAACAUCGUCAACCUAACUUUUAUAGUGCCGGAUGAGCCACUGUACGUUGGGGUGUAUUUCUUUGUGGUCGUGUUGUCCUACGCCAACAGCUGCGCCAACCCAAUCCUCUAUGGUUUUCUUUCGGACAAUUUCAAGCAGAGCUUUCAGAAGGUCCUCUGCCUUCGCAAGAGCAACGGCAUUAAGGAUGCAGACCUGACGGAGAACCGGCAAGAAAAGAGUAGUCGGAUACAGGAGACCAUGCUUAUGUCUCGUAACUCAGAGUUCAAUGGGCAUAUGCAAACCAGCAAGGUCUGAAUGUUACCCUUCUUUUGGUGUGUGACAGCCACAGAGAAUUCGAGGCAAAUCCGUUCACCUAUUUAUGGAUUGGGCAUUGGAUUCUUGAUGAGGUCUGCUUAAAACUGGAUGAGCUCAGCAGCCCUUGAAGGAUUCUAUUGUAUUUAUAAAAAUGUAACUUCUGGUUCCAUCAUCCGAUAAUGAUGUUCAUCUCUCAUGUUCUAUGCAUUAUCCAACCACCCCCACCCUACCCCCACCCCAGAACAAUGUGCCCACAGAGGUUCAUUGAGAACCACUUGACAGUCGAUUCACAUCAAGCUAUUUCUGAGGGCAAUUACCACUGAAACACAAAGUAUCUGGCUCAUGGUCAGCUUUAAACAUCCGUGCAGUGCAUGCUGCAUAGAGAUAUAAACACACUUUGCAUUUCCAUA